CGCUAGAGGCAAUCAGCUGGUGGUAUUAUUCAAUUUACGCGUGCUGCUGGAAACACAAGUUAAAAACUGUAUUAUUUGUAAAUUAUUAAAUUAAAUAUGUUAAGAAACUUGGUGCGUUGGCAAGCAUGCAGAACUCUAUUAAACAAAUCAGCGGUAGCUCAAGUUGCCGCCGUACGCCACUUAAGUAAUCCAUUCAAACAAAAUCCACAUGAAAAAGCCGCUACGGAGGAGCCGGCAACCAGAAUAAAGAAACCUGGAAAUCCUUUUGCAAAAGCCACUGUUGCACAGGAACUGUCAUUUAAUGCGGAGGAGCCGGAAACCGUAAUAGAUAAACCGGGAAACCCUUUUGGAAGAGCCCCAGCUGCCCAAGAGCUACCGUCUAGUCAGCGUGUAUCGGAGACCAAAGAAGAGCGAGAGAAGCGGCUUAAGGUACUGCAGCUUGAGGUAGAUAUUGCAUAUCAAGAAGGACGCCGUGUGCCGGCUUUAGAGUUCUUCCAAGAGCAUCACUGGGCACGUGUGCUGGAGCUGCCCACGAAGUCGGCGCGCAGCAAAUACUAUGCUUUCCUUUGGCAAAUCGAGAUGAAGAAAGAAUCCAAUCAGCGCAAGAAGGAGGAACGUGCAGUAGAAACCGAACGACGCGUUGCCGAGAUUCGUAAAGAGCGGGCGGAGAACAAUCACAUCGUCUAUGGCCUGGCACACACAUCGAUGUUUCUGCGUAUCUACGACAGUACAAUCAAUCAUUGGCAAAAUAAUCGCCUCACGCGUGCCAUGCAAUUCGCACCCAAGCUGGUGUUGGACUGCUCUUACGAUCAGUACAUGACCAAUCGUGAGAGCUCGUAUGCUGCCAAGCAGUUGAUGCUGUGCUUUGCCGAGAAUCGCAUGAAUGACGAACCCUUCGAUUUGCACUAUUGCAACUCCAAUUUCGAAGGCAACUGCAUGCAGAUACUUCAGCGUUACAUACCCACUAUGCACAAUCCCGAGUUUCCGAUCAAUGUGCACCGCGAAUGCUUCACUGAACUGUUUCCCAAGAAGCAAUUGGUCUACCUGACACCACAUUGUCGCGAGGACCUCGUCAGCUACGAUCCGGAUGACAUUUACAUCGUAGGCGCCAUGGUGGAUACAGUGAACAACGAACCGCUGUCGCUGGCAAAGGCGAAACGUUUGGGGCUGCGCAUGGCACGUUUGCCCUUGGAUCGCUAUUUGCAAUGGGGUGCAGGAUCGGGCAAGUCGCUAACGCUUAAUCAAAUGAUCAGCAUCAUGCUGGAUCUCAAGAAGACGGGCGAUUGGGAUACGGCUUUGCAGCACGUGCCACGCCGUAAAGUCGUCGACUACCACAGCGAGCGACAAGCACUAAAUAAGCGAGCUAGCAAAUUCAAUGUGCGCAUCGAUCAUCUGCUCAAAUCCGAAGGCGAUCGUAGAACAUCCACAGCAUUUGCAGAGCCUCAGAAACUGCGACAUCGCAAAGAGGGAAUGGAUUUUAAACUGGACAGCUGGGCGACGGGAAAAAGGAAAACGAAACAAAGUAGCUAGGUUGACUCUUUAAUUAAG